GUUUUUUACCUCUAAAUUAUUAUUAAUUUUAAAAAAAUCUUAAUUAUUAUUAAAUAAGCAAUUAAAAUUUGUAUUUUGCAAUGUUAAAGUCUUGCGGGCCUCCCGAAGACGUCUUGGAUUUACAAUUCAAACUCCAAUGCCGGCUCAAAAUAUUCGAAAACAAGGAGGUUUCUCAAUUUACCAACGCAUACAGCUUAGUAACUUGUGCGAGCCGUUAUGGACUUCUAUUUGUUGGAACAAACUCGCAUAACUUCCAAGUUAUUCAAACUCAAACACUCCAGCAUUAUGGCCCCAAAGAAAAAGAUGAUUAUCCUAAAAGAGACGUACAAAUACCUUCAGCCCCGAAACAUCUUUCUGUUAACUGUGACUCGACAAUUCUUGCAGUUGUAGUUGAAAGAAGUCAAUGUCCCACAGUUAUAUUUUACGACGUGCUCUCAUUUUUGCAACAAAACAUAAAAAUAAUCAAAGAAAUAAGAUUAUCAGCGACCCCUAACGUUUUCAUACAAGAAAUCAACUGGAAUCCCGCCCUUCCAGCCAUAUUUACAACAUGCAAAAGUGACGGUUCUUUGGGAGUUUACGAACUAAAAGGAGAAUCUGUUGAAAUCAAUGAACUUCCAACUGCAGCGGCAGCCACGUGUUUUUGCUGGAGCCCAAAAGGCAAGCAAAUCGCCGUGGGAUCUAGAGAUGGCAAAAUAACGCAAUACAAGCCAGAUUUGAAGGCGGUUAAAGUGAUUGCCGAGCCUAAAUUGGAAGGCGGGUGCUCCCUUAUCGCUUUGCAAUGGGUUUCGAAUUAUCAGUUUGUUGGAUCGUAUCAUAGGGCUCAAGAUGGUACUUCGUUUAUUAUUGUGGUAGAUGCACCGAAAACUGGGGAAACUACUUUUACUAAUUAUGAGGAUAUUUGUUAUAGUGGAUCGGCCAGGCUUGCUCAAUUUUAUAUGAUUUUGCAACAGAAUUGGAAUUUCCUAAUGGUAGCAUCUGCCAACAGUACCGAAGUCGGUGUUCUGAGCAACACUGGCGAAGCCUGGACUCAAUGGAUCAUGCCUGGAUCAGCCAGAGCCGAACUUCCAUUAAGUUCGGAAAAAGAAGAAACUCUACCCAUAGGAAUGACUUUUGAUAUCAGUUCUACAACGCCUCUACCUUGGGAGGAAUCAACCAUACCACCUUGUCCCUUAUUAUGCGUUUUAUCGCAUCAAGGCGUAUUACACUGUUUCAAUGUUGUAUAUUUAAAACCAGGAAUUCCUUCAGUAUGCACACCACCUGAUAAUAUUAAAGAUACUUCAGGAUUGAGUUGUUUUGUGGCAAAAAACUCUCAAUCUCAAACUGGUGAAAUCAAAAUUGGAACAUCUCAGCCGCAAAUCGCAUCCAAUGACACUAAAUUUGUAAUGGCUCCUAAUUUACGGCAAAUUAGUCAAUUACAUGCAGCCAAUACUCCAACAAAAAACGUCACUUUCAAUUUUUCAGCAUCGUCUCAAAGUACGCCUUUAGCACCCCUGAAAACCAAUACCAAUGUUGCCAGCAAAUCAUUGUUCGCCGGUCAAACUACACUCACUCCCAUCAAACCUAAGAAUCAGUCUUUAUUCAGUGAACAAUCAUCAAUUACCCCUGCGAAUCAAUCAACAAUUUUUUCCGCAUUAAAUCCCACUAGUGGACCGCAAAUCAACACUGCUCCAGUUAAACCAAUCGUGAUCAGUGCAGCACCUGUAAAACCAAUACAGGCUGCUGGUCCAAGAAAUAAUUUACCAAUUAAACAAGAAAACCAAGAAGAAACAGACGCUAUGAUGCAACAAAUGAUUAAAGACGAAUGGAUGUAUUUAGAAGCUGAAUUGAAAAUCUUGCUUAAAAUGGGGGGCUCUCUGAAACUAAACAUCGGAAGUGAUGAUGAAAAAAUUGCCAUGGUUCAGCAACUAGAAUCUCUAGAUGAAUUUGUUAAAGAAGCUGUUGAAAUAAGUGUAGGCCAAAGCAAUGAAAUUCACUGUUUAAAGCAAAACUUACUUCAAUCGUGGGCUUGGUACGAAGAAGCCAUUUCGCAUUAUAACGCUUCGAAAAAUGAAGCUGUCGCGUUACUUAUCAAAUGCCAACCGUUAGACACAUUAUCAGAAAAACGACUGAGAGAAAUUAAGCAACUUGAUUUUUAUAUAAAGUCCCAAAUUUCUCAAGCCCACAAAACUUUAGACGAACAAUGGGAUAGUUUUCAAGAUUAUGCAAAGAAAACUCAUAAAGUGAAAAUGCCCACGAUGGAAACCAUAUUUUUAACCAUGGUUAAACAAAAUGCUAUACUUCAAAAGCAAAUUUUGCUUUUAAAACAAAUUUCAUUCCGCUUAACGAAGACUAGUAGCAACGAUAUUGGAAAUUUAACUGCGGGUUUUGAAGAUUUAACUUUAAAUCCGCAACAGAUAAGGCAGCUGCAAUAUGAUAAAGUUAAAAGUUAUAGUAAGAAUUUGUCUCAAGGAAAAAGUAAGCAGUUAAAGGAUUUACUUAAUAAAAGAGAAAUAACUAAAGUCACUGCUGUUAAACCUCAAAUAUCUUCGUUUGCCAUCAAUCAAUCUCCUUCUAGUAGAGUGCGACAAUCUAUUUCUAUGCUAGGAGCCAACGUGUCUCCAGCUGCUAAAGCCUCUAUUGCUAAAAGUUUAAGUUUUGCUCAAUCGCCAACACCAAAAACUCCUGAAAAUAUUGAAAAAUCUACUCCUAGUUUUAGUUCAUUACUCAAAACUGGUCCUGUUAUUAGCAGUUCUCAAGGAAGUGCUUUUACACCUAUCGGCGCUUCUUCUACAUCCAAUAAAAUUACUACACCUUCAUUUUCAUUUGCUGCAACAACUUCCAGUAAAAAUCAAGCGCCUUCAAGUACAUUUUCAUCAAUCUUUAAACCUUCUUCUCAAACGGCAACAUUUUCAUUUGGGUCUACUAGUACACCUAAACCUGCAUCAUCUACAAGUGCCUUAUUUGGUAAUCAAGCCAAUAAUGCCUCAUUUUCUUUUUCUACCUUAUCAACAACCACAAGCACAGGAAAUGUAGAAGUUUCCAAAACAACAACGAAGCCUCCAAGUGGUGUCGCAUCAAUUUUUGCCAACAUACAAUCUGUUAUAGAUAAUGCAACUACUACGACAACUACAACUCAAACAACUUCGCCAACAAAACCUUUAUUUGGAUCAUUCAGUAGUUCAGAUUCUGGACAUUUAUUUGGCAGCGUUUCCAAACCGACAGCAUCAAAUACCACAACAUUCUCUUUUAAAGCUACACCUGCUGAUAAACCACAAUUAACUAAUGUCGAUCAAAAUAAAACUUCACCUAUAAUAAAAAGCGAACCAUCAAAGAUAAUCACCGUAUCUUUGUUUGAUUCCAAAAGUGCAUCAGAUCAAACCAAUACCGAAUCGGGCAGCCAAUCAUUAUUUGGAAAUAAUACAGGGCCAAUAUUUGGUAAUUUAUCAGCAACUGGAUCUUCGAGUUUAUUUUCAAGUUCUCCAGCAGCUACAACAACUACUGCUUCAAAUUCGCUACAGUCAUCAGUAAUUGGCAGUAGUGGCUCAAUAUUUGGUAAUAAGGCUUCGUCAACUUCUACUAGUGGUCCAGCAACGCCUACAUCAGUGUUUGGAAGCACAAAAACCACUUUAGAAACUUCUACUACUACAACGACCACCCCUACAGCAAUCGUAGCUCCUGUCACUGCAUCAACCUCAGUUUUUGGUACCUCAACAUCAGUUUUGGGCACAACUACAACAACUUCAACUAUUUUUGGUACCCCAACAACUAGUGCCUCGAGUACUUUUGAAGCUCCUGCAAUUUUUGGUGCACCAACCACGAGUACAUCAACGUCAGUUUUUGGUAAACCAACUACAAGUACAACGACGUCAGUUUUUGGUACACCAACUACAAGUACAUCAGUUUUUGGUACACCAACAACAACUACAUCGACGCCAGUUUUUGGUACACCAACUACGAGUACAUCGACGUCAGUUUUUGGUACACCAACAACAACUACAUCGACGUUAGUUUUUGGUACACCAACAACUACAUCGACAUCAGUUUUUGGUACACCCACUAUAAGUACAUCGACGUCAGUUUUUGGUGCAUCUACUACGAGUACAUCGACGUCAGUUUUUGGUACACCAACUACGACUACAUCAAGUUCCGUUUUUGGGACGCCUGCAGCUUCUACGGCUCCGAGUGCCUUCGGAGCACCGACGUCUAGUAUUUUUGGGGCAACAACAACCACUUUUGGAACCCCAUCGACUUCUAGUAAUAUUUUUGGAGCCCCUCCUAGUGCUGGUUCCAAUAUUUUCAGUUCGUCUACUGCAGUUUUUGGUGCAACUCCUUCUGGAAACAUUUUCGCAUCGCCACCAAUUAGCAGUGCCUCAGCUUUUGGGGCUCCCGCUACGAAUAUUUUCAGCCCUACAACCACAACGAGUAUUUUUGGCGGUGCCAGCACUACCGCGUCGCCUUUUGGAUCUCAAACGGGGCCAAUGUUUGGUGUUACGGCAACUACAACUGCUGCUGGUGGCGUGUUUGGACAGCCGCCAGCUUUUGGGAGUCAAUCGGUGUUUGGAGGAGCCCCGGCAGCCGCUGGCUCGUCAGUUUUUGGUCAGGCAGCAGCGGCGCCAGCUGUCCCGGCUGCUUCUGGAAAUAUUUUUGGAAGUACUUCUUCUACCAAUGUCUUUGGCUCAGAUUCUUCUAUUGGACCUAGAAAAAAUAUUAAACCACUUCCUUGCUUUGAAAAACAACCAUCUACAGAGCAAUAUCUAAUAGCACAGCUAAUAGGCAUAUUGUCAGAGAAUUGUCACAUAAGUAACAAAUUCACAGUCCUUCACAAAGAUGCAACCGAGGAGAACAUUGAAAAUGCCGAAGCAAACUUCAACGCUAAUGCUUGUGAUUAUUGUGAGCUUUGA